AUGUCUCCAUCGCCCGUCUCCCCUCAGGCCCGUGAUCUCGGCUCCCGUUCUGUCCUUACACUAUUCCGGCGGAAGAAGCACAUGGCUCAAGUAGCUGCCAAUCCCAACCACCGCCGACACAGGCACGGCGAACUUACUCAACCCCAGGCCAACGGUCCGUACAGCUCUCUCAGUGUCACGUCUCUCGCCAGCCAAAAUUGCGACAUGGAUGUGGACGAGGGUGGUGCUGAUAUCCCCGAUAUCCCCUUGAAGCGGCCAGCCAGCCGUCUGCCGCAGGACAAGACGUUCAACCCGUCUCGUUUCGAAGAAGCUUGGGUUGAGGACGACAGCAACUGGACUCAUCACGGGCCCAUCAACCCCAAUGCUCUGAAUGUUAGAAAGGACAGAAGAUCGAGGGCAAACUCGACUACAUCGUCAUACCAAACGAACGCCACCUCCUUGCCGCCUCUUCAAACCAAGGGCGCCGGAGACGACGAGAUCCUUGAACCCCUAGCCGAGGAGGAGGUGGAGCCUGGAUCAUUCGACCUUGUGGUGCCUUCACAUGGCGAUAACGGCAUCUACUCGCUGGAGACUCGGUCAGAGCUCCUCUUCUCGAAAGAACAUUUGCAAGCCAUCUUUAAGGACCAUGUUCUGCUACAACGUUUCACCGACUUCCUGCAUUCCGCCCGACCCGACUCACUUCCGCUCCUCACGUACUAUCUGGACUGCCUGAAAGCUUUACGCGCCAUUGCGUACGCGAACGCCAUCGCCCGCGGACUGGACUCGCUACCUGAACACGGGUUUUCAGUUCAAAAUGCCGCAAACACCUCCAAUACCUCGUUGGAGAAGAAGGCCGAGGCCGCCUUUGAUGUCCUCGUGCAACAGGACCUCCCGGCCUACAUUACGUACAUGUGGAUCCAGACAGUCAGCGUGUCCAUCAAGAGACGCAUCACGGGGACCCUUCCCGUCCAAUUGAGGGAAAUGUCAGAGGGGUUGGCGGAGGUAUUCUGUCUGACGGAUCCCUCAAGGCAUGAUAAUCCCAUUGUGUUCGCCUCAGAAGAGUUUCACAGAACCACGCAGUACGGAAUGAACUAUGUGAUCGGCCGUAAUUGUCGGUUUCUCCAGGGCCCGAAGACCAACCCUUUCAGCGUAAAGCGGAUCCGAGAUAAGAUCCUGGCUGGCCAGGAGCACUACGAGACCUUCCUCAACUAUCGCCGUGACGGCUCACCGUUCAUGAACCUGCUCAUGGUCGCACCCCUCUACGACAGCCGGGGUACGGUCCGCUACUUCAUCGGCGCCCAAGUUGACGUCUCUGGCCUCGCCAAGGAAAGUUCCGGCCUAGACGCCCUCCAAAACCUUGUCGUGGAGAAAGAGGCUGCUGCUGCUGCUCAUAUGCGGGAACAGGAAGUCGAUGAAGAGAAGGAUGAGUUCCGGGACCUGAGCGAAAUGUUCAACAUGACAGAACUCGAGACCGUCCGCAGGCGAGGUGGCAAUAUGCAUCGCGUUCCCCAAGACGAGGAACAUGCAGCCACGUCAACGAACUGGCACAAGCCUCGCAUCCUCAUUCAGGAUGAGACUUCGUCUAUCCAACAACACAACUCAGCCCCGACCAUUCACAGCGGCAAGCUCUCCGGCGUGUACGAGCACUAUUUGCUAGUCCGCCCCUAUCCCAGCCUGCGCAUUCUCUUUGCUUCGCCCUCAUUGAGGGUGCCCGGAAUCCUGCAAUCCAACUUUAUGGACAAGAUCGGCGGGUCCAACAGGGUCCGUGACGGCCUCCACAGGGCCUUCGCCGAGGGCCACGGGGUGACUGCAAAAGUUCGGUGGAUGAGCAAGCCCCCCAGCGAAGGCCGGAUCCGCUGGAUACAUUGCACCCCACUUCUUGGCAGCAACAGUGCUGUGGGCGUAUGGAUGAUUGUCCUUGUCGACGAUGAAUCUGACGCUGGCAUCCGCAAGGGAAAAGAGGCUCCCCCGGUCGAUGGACGUUUGCGUCGGACCGGUGCCCUGCAGCAACCGCGUCCCUCGAAAGAUGAUAACAUGAGCCUGUCAUCUUUCGCCGCGAUGAACAAGGCCCGCGAUGAAGUAGAUGCGCCCGCAGAUUUCGACAUUGACCCAGACCGGCCCGGAAGUCGAGCGAGUCGAUCGAGUCGGCUGAGCCGAGGGCCUGCCGGAUCCCGCCGACCCAUGUCCCCGGCCUUCAGCGACAACGACGAGCCUCCCCGGCCUGCGUACACGGUGCGGCUGGAGGAGGAUUAG